UGCGCGGAUAGUCCUCCUUAUGGUUUUAUUUGUGCCCGAUAUUUUACACGGUAUUAACGCUUUUCGCCCCGACAUAUGUUGACAAGCCGGACUUAAAUCUGUUGAUCCGCGACCUGAUUGUUGUGAUAAGCUGAUAAGAGGUAUCUGUGGUAGUGACGUCAUGAAGUAUGAUAGAGGUACCUACGUGCGUGGAGCCUCAAGCCCUCGACCAGCUCUCCAGGGUCUUCCCUCAGGACUUUAGGAAAUACCCGUUCCACUUUCUCUCAAGUAUACCGAAGUGCGGUGGCUGCCACGAGCUGAUCCUGGAUCGCUUUAUCCUCAAGGUCCUGGAAAGAACCUGGCACGCGCGUUGUCUCAAGUGUUCCGAGUGUGGAGGUCAGCUCACAGACAAGUGCUUCGCAAGGAACGGCAUGGUCUUCUGCAAGGAGGACUUCUUCAAGAGAUUCGGAACGAAAUGUGCAGGCUGCGAGUUGGGCAUUCCGCCUACCCAAGUGGUGCGGAGAGCUCAGGACUUCGUCUACCAUCUUCAGUGCUUCGCGUGUGUCAUGUGCAGCAGGCAGUUAAACACUGGAGACGAAUUCUACCUCAUGGAAGACCGCAAGCUGGUCUGCAAGCCCGACUAUGAAGCAGCCAAGACGAAAGACGGCAGUUGUCUGGACGGCGACCAGCCUAACAAGAGGCCGCGCACUACGAUCACCGCCAAGCAGCUGGAGACUCUCAAGAUGGCCUACAACAACAGUCCCAAGCCCGCCAGACACGUCAGGGAACAGCUGAGUCAAGACACGGGUCUGGACAUGCGGGUAGUCCAGGUCUGGUUCCAGAACAGGAGAGCUAAAGAGAAGAGGCUGAAGAAGGACGCCGGAAGGACGCGCUGGAGCCAGUACUUCCGGUCGAUGAAGGGCGGAGGAUCGCCCAGACACGACCCUAAAGACGAGCUGAAGGUGGACCUAGACUCCAAUUUCAGCCACUCACACGAUUUAGAGAGCAACGACAGCUACGGCACCUUGGCGAUGGAUCAGGAAGGCGCUUCUCCUCACAACCGCUAUCUCCACGGAGACACCUCCACCCCGCCCUACCUGUCGUCACCCUCGCACCCCCUGCCCUACGGUGGAGAGCCCUACUCCUCCUUAGGUCAAGGACACCCCCACCCGCCACCCUCGGAGAUAUCGGACGGCAGCUCCACCCACGGGUACCCGGACUUUCCCCCCAGUCCGGACUCGUGGUUAGGCGAAGCCCCCCAUCGCUACUGAGAUACGGCCCCCGCCAUCCAGACUCUCGCUCCCAGGUUCUUUCCUCCGGGACUGGAUGUGUUCAGACCGCGGGCGCUGCCCCAGCCCGUCCCCUUGCGGCCCGUCAUCCCCCCGCCAUCCUCGCCCAGUCCCCUCGUCAUACCCUCGGUCAAGACGGAGGAAACCAUGUGAUAAACGGACUCUUCCUCCCGCUCCUUUGGGUUUUGUGUCUUAUGUAAAUAGAUAGUCGGCGGUAGGCGACGCGAUGUCUUGUAUAGAUGUGACCCAACAACCACCGGCGGCUCUCCCAGCUCGCUCUGCCCCUUCUGCACUCCGUUCCUUGCCCACAUUUAGUUUGAGUGAUUUAAAAAAAGAAAAAAAACAUUUACUACAUCAUUCAUUACGAAACCAAAUUUGAUUUAGUGCAACAACGUGUUUGAUACUCAUCAAGUACCACCACUCUUUCAAAAUUGUUUAAACACAUUGUCCCCAUACGUCCUCAGUCCCCCAGGGAAAGCCGCCCGACAUAGUGUUGAAAUGUGUGUACAGACAAAUAGAAGACAAUGAGUAUUUAAUGCUAAAGUAUAUUUCUUUCUGUCGCAAACGGAAGCACGUUCUAGUCAAUUACAUUAUGUUGUACUGAGUACCGUAUGUUUCGAGCCAACGAGUGAGUUAGCGUAGAGUCAAGAACGUAGCCAGAAAACAAAUUUUGAGGGGUUCCAGACAACUGAUAUUUUCCCGUAGUGGACAGAGCUGUGAAUAAUUUUACAGCGUAUAGUAAUUUCAUCUAAUAAUAAUUUUAAUUGUAUUGAAUGAUUACAAAAAUUACCUCCUGAAGAGUAUUCAUACCCAUUUUGUUCCUUAAAAAUUUGGGGGGGGUCCUGACCCCUUGGGCCCCCUCGCUGGCUACGUCCUUGUGUAGAGUUACUGUAAGGAAGGCGUACAGUCGCCUCAGACAGAGUAGUGAGACCGACACUCUUGUAAUUAAUAUUUCUAGUCGGUAAACGAUCGAUAUUAUAGUUUAUAACUAUAUUAAGGUCCAUUUAAAAUUUUAAAACUCUGAAUCUGUGUCCUGACUACUAUAAAAGUUAUAUUUAUUUUAUUAUUGCUGCUAGUCUGUUUUUAGUUUUUACAUUGUUAUUUCGUUAUAAGUAUUUUAUAUUUGACAUUAAAUAUGAUUUUGUAUUGUUAUAGGAAAUCAUUGUGAAUUGUAACAUUCACAUUGAACCUUUUUGAGAUGGUUCCUUAUGUCUAUACAGAUGAAAUUGGAAAGUCCAGAAUGUGGUAAAAGUUAAUACCACUAACCCAUACUGAUGAUUGAGUCAACUACUCUGAUAUGAUACUUUUUUAUUGUGCUUUGAACUGGUUAUUUAUCAGUCUAUGGUGAUUCUGUGUAUGCAAAGUAUGAAGCCUUCAAUAUUUUCAUGUAGCGUACUACUUUUAUUUGGCAUUUACACACAAGUUUCCAAAGAAAACAUAACUAUUUGUAUGAUUGGGUAACAGACUAACUUAAAGCUAAGAAAAAUAACUGUACGGUUGAGAAGAUUGGAAAAACAAACAAACCUGUCAGAAUUAUUUAUUGAAAUACAAAAUAAAAAUAAACAAUAUUAAAGUUUGCAAAAAAAUGUAUUCUUUCAAAAGAAAAGAAAUAAUUCAAUCAAUGUUUGUAAGACGAAGUGGAACAUUAUAAACAAUUUGCAAUAAGGAAAAGGAAGAAUAAUAUAGAAAAUAUUAAUGGGUAGAUCUCCAAUCUGACUUACCCAAGUGAUGUUUUUAAUAGUUAUUUAUUAUUCUAUGAUUAUUAUUAACGCCAAGCUUCAUAAACAAUCUGCACAAAAUAUGUUAAUAAUGCAGAUUUCUAUUUGGUAGUUGUCCCCAAAAAUAAAAAUCUCUAAAGUAAUUCCAAUAUUUAAAACUGGGAAACUACAUUAAAUUUCUAGUUAUCACCCUAUCGCACUUCUGCCAUCAAUAUGAAAAAUAUUUUAUAAGGCCAUGUAUUACAGAUUAUUAGCAUAUUUAGAGCACAAUAACCUUUUUGAAAAACAAAUCCUCAUCAACAUUGCUAAACUUCACUUUAUUAUACAAUCUGUUCAAGUUUUAAUAAUGAACUAACGAAAUACGUAUCAGAUGUUUCUUUAUCCAUGAUGCAUUUAAUUUUUCAUCCUCAGACAUAAAUCAAUAAUUUCUGUUGUAGACUUACUUUUAAUUACUUUAAUAUAGUUUGAAUUAAAAAAGAUAUUAUGCAAGAAAUGGUAAAUUAUUCCAGAUUUAGGAACAAGGUAAACUUUAUCUUUGUAAAAUCUUAUCAUUCCUUAAAAUCCAUUGAACUGUUAUACAUAUAAAUAUUUUUAUAAAAGUUGUCUUAAUCUUUAUUUUUAAUGAUUUUCUUUAUGAUAUUUUGAACAUUUAAAUUCCUCACAGAAAGCAGGGUGAUGUCAGUAAUUAUAAAUAGUAAAUUGUAAAAGUCACCUGACGAUGUCCAUUUAAAAAACUAUGUUUUUUCUUCUGUAUACAAAUUUAAUCUUUGUUACACAUACUGGUAUCAUAUCAUCAUUAAAACCUAAGAAUCAAUGUAAAGGUUCAGAACAUAACACUUGUAACACUACUAUAGUUAUUACGAUUAAACAGUUUGUAAGUAUCAAAGGGGUGAAAUCUGAUUUGAAGACCCUUACUGUAUUCAUGUCAUAGUGAAAUCUGUUUGUUAUUAUUUAUUUAUUUCUACCACCAGUCUAUAGUUUAUUUGAAGCAACUAUUCUAGUUUAUAAUAAAUCUGUUUACGAUACAGACAAAUUGUCAGAAAGGAUUAUAAGUACAGAAUAGUCAGGAUAAUUUUAUUAUUUCCAAUUGUUAUAUUUUUUACUUUAGCUUUUUUUUAUACAAAUGAAAAUGUGGAAAGGAUUUAAAAAAACUAUUACUUAUAUGUAAACUAAAAAUAGCUCUCUAAAAAGACAAUCUAAAAGGCCCGUUACUAUACUACAAUAUUCUACAUAGUUAAAAAACAAAAAUGUUUGAACUCGUGAUCAAAGAUUAAAAAUAAUACAGGUAUAAAAAGCAUGAAUUGUAAUAUAAAAUAUCGUACAAACAGGUUCAUACAACUGAACUUACCUUAUCUCAGAUUUCAUAAGUGUAUAUAAUUAAAUGGAAUUAGUUACCUAAGUUUGAAGUAUUGAUCUCAGAAUUGUCUAGUCAAUGGUUGUAAGAAAGUCUAGUCAUAUGGUUGUAUCAUGUACAGAGUACCUACAAGGGUAGAACUCCUGGACCCUAAUGUUUUAGUGUGUUAUACAAAAUAAUGUGAAUUGCAGCUUUGAAACACGAAUUUUGAUUACAUUACUAGUGGAUUAAUACUUUUUUUGACAGAGUUAUAGGUUUGUGAAACCUUUAUUUGAAGAAUUAAAUUCUCUUAAUUUAUUUGCUUAUUUCUUUACAAUUUUUAUUUAAAGAGAUUCCUGCUGAGCUGAAAAGAUUAAAAACAACUUAAAUUUCUCAAUGUAGGCUAUAAGUGAGCCCAGUAAUACACUCUAAAUAAUCAAAUAGUUUUAUCAAAGUCUUUUGCUCUUCAACAAAGUCUCUUGUAAGGUAAAAGUGUCAAGGAUUAAAUACCUUUUAUAAAGGUAAGCUGUGUAAAAUUGAUCUCAAAUCCACUGUAUUUAUUUUAUAAGCAUGAAAAGCUGUUUACUUACAUUAAUUAAAGAAAGUUCCUUCAAGUUGAUUUCCAUUUACUAGUGUUAUCAUUAAAUGCGCAACACACAGAUAAUUUAUAGUGAUUCCCCGAUUUAUCCUCUGUGUACAUAAGUGAAAACUCUAAUGUAUUACCAUCGAAAUGGUUUAGAAUCGUUUAUCAUAUGUUAUAAUAUGAAUGUAUACAAUGGACUUUUCUAUAUUUAUUAUAAAGCUAUGUAAAUGUUAUUGUGCCAGUGUGUGUAAGAAAAUAGAAACUCGAUGUUGAAACUGU